GAGCAGGCUGCGACGCCGGCGGUGGGCCAGAUCCGAGGCGGUGGUGUGUAGCGGGGCCGGGUCUGGGCAGCCGCGGGCCGGUGCACCUGGCCCAGCAUCGGCGGCUCCGGGGCGGGGGCGCCAGCGGCGAGGCCCCCUCCCCGGGGAGGCGGGACCGAGCCGGCGCCGGAGAAUCAUGCAUCAGAAGCUGCUGAGGAGCGCGCACUACAUCGAGCUGGGCAGCUACCAGUACUGGCCGGUCCUGGUGCCCCGCGGCAUCCGCCUGUACACCUAUGAACAGAUCCCCGUGUCCCUUAAAGAUAACCCCUACAUCACAGACGGCUACCGGGCCUACCUGCCUUCCAGGCUGUGUAUCAAAAGUUUGUUUAUUCUAUCCAAUGAGACGGUAAACAUCUGGAGUCAUCUGCUGGGUUUCUUUCUCUUCUUCACCCUGGGAAUAUAUGACAUGACAUCCGUGCUGCCUUCAGCAAGUGCGUCCAGAGAAGAUUUUGUAAUUUGCUCCAUUUGUCUUUUCUGUUUCCAGGUCUGUAUGCUUUGCUCAGUGGGCUAUCAUCUUUUUUCCUGUCAUCGGUCAGAAAAAACUUGUCGAAGAUGGAUGGCAUUGGAUUAUGCAGGGAUUUCUAUUGGGAUCCUGGGCUGCUAUGUCUCUGGAGUAUUUUAUGCAUUUUAUUGUAAUAAUUAUUGGCGUCAAGUAUACUUGAUCACCGUGCUCGCAAUGAUCCUGGCAGUGUUCUUCGCACAGAUUCAUCCCAAUUACCUCACACAACAAUGGCAGAGGCUCCGCCCUAUCAUCUUUUGUUCUGUUUCGGGGUAUGGAGUGAUCCCUACUCUCCACUGGGUUUGGCUCAACGGAGGAAUCAGUGCUCCUAUUGUACAGGACUUUGCACCCCGAGUAAUUGUGAUGUACGUUAUCGCUCUUCUUGCUUUCCUGUUCUACAUUUCCAAAGUUCCAGAACGGUACUUUCCAGGACAGCUGAACUACCUCGGGUCAAGCCACCAGAUCUGGCAUGUCCUUGCAGUAGUGAUGCUAUACUGGUGGCAUCAGUCAACGGUGUAUGUCAUGCAGUACAGACAUAGCAAGCCUUGCCCUGACUAUGUUUCACACCUGUAAAUGCAGACAGGGUCCCACUCUAUACCCCUGGGUGGGUCUGGAACUUGCUAUGUAGACCAAGCUGGCCUUGUAUUCAUUGAGAGAGACCCACUUGCCUCUCCCUUCCAAAUGCUGGGAUUAAAGGCAUGUGCUACUAUGCCCAGCCCUAUAAGUUUUACUUUCUUAAAAUGUGCAAUUUCUUUUUGUACGUGAAUUCUGUAAUAAUUGUGUAUGUAUAACACAUAAAAAGAGCAUACUUUGACUAGGUCUGAUUGUAGAGACGGUUAUUCUGUGUUCUCUGAAAAUGUUCAGUAUUAUAAUUAAAACUAUUGUCUUCAUCUUUUAUCUUUAUAUUGUAUUUAUUAUAAAGGAAUGAAUGACUGUGGAUUGUUGUCAACUAUAAACACUUAUGUAUGUCAGCAUUUAUUGACUGACCAUCUACUGUGUGCAUAACACUACUGAUAAAAAUAUCAAUUAUUCAUAUUAAAGAAUAUUUGACAACUGCUUAAACCUGAGUUUUAUAAUAAUGUAUAUUUAUUUUUGUUUUUAUCAGUUUAUUAAAAUAGGUUGAAAAUUAUAUUUCCAGCUACAGCAUUUAAAAGAAAACAAAAGCAAGUCUCACUUUUACCUAUGUACAUACUAUAAAAGCUAAGACUUUAAAAGUACAUUUUAAAACUAUCUCUGGCAUAGAGUUGUAGUUAACGCAGUAGAUAGUCUUCUUUCUCUAUAAAGCCAUUUUUAAACAGCAAGGCACUGGUCAUCUUUGUUUUAUACUGAGUGCAGUUUGGUAGCUGCCUGGCAAAGUAUGCAUAUGUAAAUAAAUGGGGUUUACUAAA